UUUCGCUAUCUUUCAUUUUCUUUUGUAUCGUCAAAUUGGAUCUGUCAUUUCCAUCGGGAUUGUUGACGUCUCGUUUGUGAUAAAUAUCCGUAGGAUAAAUACAAUAAAACAUGAUAAAUUAGAGACAGAUUUAAUCUUAUCACUAAUUAGUCGGUGUGCCAUGGGGCAAGAUCAUAGUAAGUUGACUGGGUUAUUAAUCGAUGAGAAAGCCGUCGAGGUGACGGAUUUCUGGUCGCUUUUUAAUGCCGAAGUGCCAAAUGACGAUGGUGCGACCCGUUUGUCAAUAUUCAAAGGAGAGCCAUUAGUCAGUGGCCAGCUAUGGGUCUUGCAGAGUCCAUUAGAACGAGCAAUAAAGAAUCUGAUGAUAUACCGACAUCCGUCGAUACUGAAAUAUGUAACUUCAUGGGAGCGAGGUUCGCAGAAGCAUCUGGCUACGGAGCGAUGUCGGCCACUUUCUCUUGUAAUCCAAACGCAGAGCGAUAUACAAAUAUGCUUAGGGUUGCGCAAUGUUCUAUGCAGUUUAAUUUUUCUAGUUGAACAGGCCAAAGCACGACAUCUUAACGUUUGCACUUCAUCCAUCUACGUAAAUUCGGAAGGAGACUGGCGACUAGGUGGCUUCGAGUAUGUAUGGAAAAGCAAGGACGUUACCAAAGGCCUGUUGGAACAGUCAAAACCCUACCGCUACAAUAAAGCAAUAGACCCCCACGAAUCCAGAUCAGAAGGACAAUUUAUCGAGCAAUAUUCACUGGCCGUUCUAUGCGAGGAUAUCCUUCGAAAUAGUAAAACUCUUAAUACACCUUAUGUAGCUGAAUUCCGCGACUAUUGCAGCACGCAUUUGAAGCAUCAAAAUGUUGCCAUGCGACCAAAACUAUCAGCAGUCCUGCUUCAUCCUUACUUCAACCACGAAUUUGUUCUGAUUCAUUCCUUCUUAAUGGAGUUGCCGCUGAAGAAUCUGCAGGAGAAGCAAGAUUUCUUCACGGGGCUUGUAGAUAGAUUACGAUAUUUCGACGAAGAAAUUGUUGCAUCACAGGUAGGUGGUCUCCUACUCUCUCGGAUGGUUCUCCUAGAUCCCACAGCUCAACUGUGUGUUACACCUUAUGUGUUGAAAAUUAAAAACGACAUAUCGUCCGCUCUGUUCUCUGGAGCCACAUUCACGAAAUAUAUCAUUCCAAAAAUUAAGCAGAUAUUCUGUGUAAGGGAUGCGCAAAUUCGACUAAUUUUACUGGAAUAUUUCAACGAGUAUAUGCGCUUGAUAACGAUAGAAGAACUUCAAGAGCAAAUUCUACCUAAUUUGCUAUUAGGAAUAAAGGACACAAACGAUAUCCUUGUGGCGAAAACACUUCGAUGUUUGGCGGACCUAGUCCCUAUUCUAGGAUCGGCGAGUGUCAUUGGGGGAAAUCGAGGUCGACUCUUUGCGGACGGCAGACCACAAGGAUUGCCUGACUCUGCCAAACACUGGGUUGAACCUAGGUCAAUAACUCCUGUAAUGGCGUGCGGGGAAAAUAUGGUCUCUGCAAGUCCUCUUCCAGAUACUGUAGAUGUAAGUGAAAGUUAUGUAUCAGUUGGCAACACAGAUAAUCUUCUGAUGCAUGAACGUCUGAGUCCGGAUGGCGGCGAAGACGUCCAGGCCACAACGGAUGGAGAAAUUGAAGAGGAUGCGUGGAGUGAUUGGGAAAAUGAAGAAACCCAGAUCCCUCCAGAUGAAGGCAAUGGAGAGAAUUCAGAAAUUCUGCCAUCUGAAGCUUUCCCGCCAGUUGCUCAAGUUCAACAAUCCCCAAGCGUGACGUCUGCGACUCCAACAACCCCGACUAAGGCAUCAAACACUCAACUGGCCUCUGCCAAUAAACCAAAAACUGCUCCGAACGCCACAGCAGCAGGUUUUGACGAUAUAAACGAACUAGAUAUCAAGAUUAAGAAAUUAAUGAACACGUCUGUAGAGGAAAUUGAUUUUUUCAAAGAUAUGGAGCCUGUCAUACAGUCGACUGCGACGACAAUAGCUUUAGUCGAAGAAAAGGUGAUAGAAGAUUUCAAUGCUGAUGAGACAAAGACAGACGAAAAGGAAGUUAAGGGGAAGGAGAAGACCAAGUCGACUGUAGAUGAAAGUGUGGUAGUUGAUGCGAGUCGUUUUCAAAUCAACGUAGCUGAUGAUAUGUGCGAAGCAGGAUGGGAUGAUGAUACCAACGACUGGGGUGACGAGUGAAAAUAGUUUAGUUCCUUUUUUUGUUUUCUGUUUAUGAAAGUAUGACUAACGAGGAAAUAAAUAAGUUAUUUUAUGUAAA